CACCUUGCUUUCAUUUCACUGCCAGCUCUACUCCGUCCCCAUUGUUUGUUAGAGGCCUUCUUCCUUCUCCUCUUCCUCUGUUUCCUCACUAACUCCCUCUUUAGUGAGAGAAAGAGAGAGUACACAAACCAAAAGUAUCAAUUCACUUCCGUUGGACAAAAGAAAAGUACAAAGAUCCACUGUUUGAAUCGCAAGAGAAUGGCUGGUUAUGUAGGCGUGUUGGUGUCGGAUCCAUGGCUGCAGAAUCAGUUCACUCAGGUGGAGCUUCGGAGCUUGAAAACUCAUUUCUCGACGAUCAGAAGAGAAAAUGGAGGAGUUUUGAAGGUGGCUGACUUGCCGGCGAGAAUGUGUAAACUGAAACACGUUGGAGAGAGUCUUACCGAAGAGGAACGAUCUGCAUUUCUUCAAGAUUCGUACCAGAACUUGGAUGAAGAUGUUGAUUUCGAGCUGUUCCUUCGGAUCUAUUUGAAACUUCAAGCACAUGGCUCUGCAAGAAUGGGAAGUGUAAAAACUUCAUCUGCUUUCCUCAAGUCUCCCACUUCUACCUUGCUUCACACAAUCAGUGAAUCCGAGAAGGCAUCCUACGUGGCACACAUUAAUAACUAUCUUGCAGAGGAUGAGUUCAUAAAGAAAUACCUCCCCAUUGAUCCUUCAACUAAUGACCUGUUUGAAAUUGCCAAGGAUGGAGUUCUUAUCUGUAAGCUCAUUAAUGUGGCAGUGCCAGGAACAAUUGAUGAGCGGGCAAUAAAUACCAAGAGAUUACUCAAUCCAUGGGAAAGAAAUGAGAAUCAUACUCUUUGCCUCAACUCUGCCAAGGCAAUUGGAUGUACUGUAGUCAAUAUAGGAAAUGAAGACUUUAUUGAAGGAAGGAGGCAUCUUGUUCUUGGAUUGAUAUCACAGAUUAUAAAGAUACAACUACUGGCGGAUCUCAAUUUAAAGAAAACACCUCAAUUGGUGGAAUUGGUUGAUGAUAGUAAGGACAUUGAGGAGUUGAUGAGCCUUGCUCCUGAAAAAAUCUUGCUUAGGUGGAUGAAUUUUCAGUUAAAAAAAGCAGGAUACAAGAAAACAGUCACAAAUUUCUCUUCUGAUGUAAAGGAUGCUGAGGCUUAUGCUUAUCUCUUGAACAUUCUUGCUCCCGAGCAUAGUAGUCCAGCUACAUUAGCUACAAAAGAUCCUUUGCAAAGAGCAAAGCUCGUUUUGGAACAUGCAGAUAGAAUGGGCUGCAAGAGAUACAUAACACCAAAAGAUAUUGUGGAAGGAUCUCCAAAUCUUAACCUUGCUUUCGUGGCACAUAUUUUCCAGCAUAGGAAUGGUCUCUCUACACAAACAAAACAGAUAUCUUUUCUUGAAUCAUCGCCAGAUGACACCCAAAUCUCCAGAGAGGAGAAAGCAUUUCGAUUUUGGAUAAAUAGUCUGGGAACCUCAACAUACAUAGACAACAUUUUUGAAGAUGUCAGAGAUGGAUGGGUGCUUCUAGAGGCGCUCGACAAGGUGUCUCCGGGUAUUGUUAACUGGAAAAUCGCUUCUAAACCUCCAAUCAAGAUGCCAUUCAGGAAAGUUGAAAACUGUAACCAAGUUGUCAAGAUUGGGAAACAAUUGAAGUUUUCGCUGGUUAAUAUUGCCGGAAAUGAUAUUGUUCAAGGAAAUAAGAAACUGAUUCUUGCUUACCUUUGGCAGUUGAUGCGAUGUAACAUGCUUCAGCUCCUGAAGAACUUGAGAUUCCAUUCUCAUGGAAAGGAAAUAAUGGAUAUUGAUAUUUUAGAGUGGGCUAAUACCAAAGUCAAAAAUUCAGGAAGCAACAGUCGUAUGUGCAGUUUCAAGGUACCAUUGCUGUAGUUUGUUUCUUUCUGC